GCCUCUUCCCCAGCCACUGUGGGUUGCACUCAAGCCGCCAUCUCCCUGGUCCCGGCAGAUCCCACCUUUAGCGUCUGCCGCUUUCUGUCUGAUCAAGACCAACCUCCGGCGCCCGGUAUGAAACAAGCACCAAAUAAGGCCGAAGCAGAAUCGAAAAUGCUUGUGAAGCUUCGCGAGUUUGAUGCAAAAUUUGGCAAUUCCGUUGCGGGCCGCAGCCCUGCACACAACUGA